AUGAGUGUCUGCCCAAAUGAUAAAGUCUGCUCAGAAUUUAGCGAUUAUGUUUUCAAUAAUUAUAUAGAUGAUGAAUCUCCAUUUCCCAAAAAUAUAUGGGCUAAAGAACCUAUGUUUGAUCCAAGGACAACCAACGCUGUUGAAAGUUUUCAUAGAACUUACAAUUCACAAUUUUAUAAGUCUCACCCACACAUACACUUGGUAAUUAUGGUUUUACAAGAAACGCAAGCUGAAACGAUGACAAAAAUUCGGUCAAUUGAAACCGACAGUUAUAAAAGUAUGAGUUUUAUUGAAAUGCAAAAAAUUAAUGCAACUAUAAUGGCUUACGAUGAAUAUUUAAGAAAUAAAUGUUCUAAAGAUUUACUAAAAUAUUUAUUAAAAGUGGGAAACAAGUAUUUAGGGAUACCACUUUAA